CGCCUCAGCCUCUCCUUCACGUGCACUGCCGGCGAGGUCCCAUGCGGACACAGAUCGGCGCACGAAUUCAGCGCGAAGAGCUACGAGAAGGGCAUCGUAAUUGUGCAGUGCCCGAAGUGCAAGAGUAGACACCUCAUCGCCGAUCACCUCGGGUGGUUCAAGGACUCCGACGAGGCGCGCACGGUCGAGGGCAUCGUCGCGGCGCACGGCGGCCGCGUACGCCGCGGCUCCCUG